GAAAUGAAAGUAAAAGUAAAAACCCAUGAAAAGCGCUGACACACUGGCUGUCAGCAGGGUUUUAUUUUAAACUUCAGCUCAGUUUUUUCCUGUCAGAAUCAUCUCUUCUGCCUUCACCUUUAAAGAUGCUCCACAGUUUGAAGCCCUGUGAGCUCCAGGCUGGAGGUUUCUGCUUUGAAAACAGCCGCAGAAACACAGUUUUGGAGUCCAGUUUGUCAGAGCUCGGCUUCAAAGCUCCCAACGCCAGAAAGACGGGGACAACCAUCGCUGGUGUCGUUUACAAGGAUGGAGUGAUCCUGGGAGCAGACACCAGGGCGACAGACGACAUGGUGGUGGCCGACAAAAACUGCAUGAAGAUUCACUACAUCGCUCCUAAGAUCUACUGCUGUGGCGCCGGCGUUGCUGCAGACGCAGAGGUCACCACACAGAUCAUGGCGUCCAACGUGGAGCUGCACACACUCAACACCGGGCGACCUCCUCUCGUUGCCAUGGUAACCCGACAGCUGAAACAGAUGCUGUUCAGGUACCAGGGUCACGUCGGGUCAUCUCUGAUCGUUGGAGGAGUCGAUGUGAAUGGAGCUCACCUGUACAGUGUUUACCCACACGGCUCCUACGACAAGCUUCCCUUCCUCACUAUGGGUUCUGGUGCUGCAGCUGCUGUCUCUGUAUUUGAGGACAGAUUCAAACCAAACAUGGAGCUGGAGGAGGCGAAACAGCUCGUACGAGACGCCAUCACCGCUGGGAUUUUCUGUGACCUGGGUUCAGGCAGUAACGUGGACCUAUGUGUCAUCACCCAGGCCGGGGUGGAGUUCCUGCGAGGCUACGACAAACCCGCGACCAAGGGCAAAAAGGAGGGACAGUACAGGUAUAAGCGCGGCACCACAGCUGUCCUCACCAAAACCAUCACCCCGAUCUCUCUGGAUGUGGUCGACGAGUCUGUUCAGACCAUGGACACUGAAUAAAAUACUCCAUAUGUAGUCGUACAUCAGUGUACUGGUGAAAUAAAAGCAUGUGGUCAAAGGGUUUAGAACUGAACUGUUUAGUAUCUAUAAAGCAUCACUGUUAAGGAAGUAGUUUUCCAUGACAUCAUAGUUUUAUGCAAUAAAAACUUUUUUUUGUUAAAUGA